CCUGUGACACGCAGCAGCCCCGCCUCCACUGUAUCCUGGGAGGGGGCGUGGCCGCGACCCUGCCCCAUCCAAUCGGAGCCGCGGUAGGGGGGGGAUAUCCUGCUAUCGGACACCCCCUCCCCCGAGAGCUGCCCCUUUAAAAUAACCUGGCGAGCCAGAGGCCGGCGUGUGUGAGCGGAGCGUGGGGGACACGGGGCCGGGAGCGGCUUCCGCACCGCCAAGGCAGCACAGUAAUAAACGGGCUUCCCGCCCGGCGCCGCGGGAUGGUCCUAGCCGCCGCGCUGGGCUAGCGGGAGCGCAGCAGCCCCCUCAGGCAGCCAGAGAGAAGUCGCCGCCCCUGCUCUCAGGUGUCUCCGGUCCUUCUCGCCCCGGCCGCGGGAGCCUGCGGGGAUGACGCUGAGUGAGAAGCUGGAGACGCAGGGAGUUGGGGGCGCUCCCGACCCUUCUGCUACCCGCUUUCCCAGCCCGGCGCUGCGGGAGCAGCAGGGCGUCCAGGCGGCGGCCGGGGAGCCGCGGCAGGAGAACGGAGAGGGGUGCCCAGGCGGCCAGUCCACCCUGCUGGUGGAGGGUCCCCGUGAGGGGCAGCAGGGGGCCGCGCCCCCCGAGGGCGGCUGGGGCUGGGCGGUGAUGCUGGCCGCCAUGUGGUGCAACGGUGCCGUGUUCGGCAUCCAGAACUCGUGCGGCGUCCUCUUCGUCUCCAUGCUGAGGGAGUUCGGCUCGCCGGACGACAAGCAGCUGGUGUUCAAGACAGCCUGGGUGAGUUCCCUGUCCAUGGGAAUGAUUUUCUUCUGCUCUCCCAUAGUCAGUGUAUUCACAGACAUAUUUGGUUGUCGAAUAAUAGCCGUUGUUGGAGCUGCAGUGGGGCUUGUUGGACUUCUUUUAAGCUCUUUUGUAAGCUCCAUUGAACCUCUGUAUUUCACCUAUGGAAUCUUAUUUGCCUGUGGUUGUUCAUUUGCAUACCAGCCAUCCUUGGUCAUUCUGGGGCACUAUUUCAAGAAACGCCUUGGACUAGUGAAUGGCAUCGUCACUGCCGGCAGCAGCUUGUUCACUGUGUCACUGCCUUUUCUUUUGAGAGUGUUGAUUGAUUCAGUUGGCCUGUACAACACUUUAAGGGUUCUGUGCAUCCUUAUGUUUGUUCUUUUCCUGGCUGGCUUCAGUUACAAACCCCUCAUUUCCAGUGCAAGUGACAAAGAGGGUGGAAAGAAGGGCAUGUUGAGAUUUCCUUCUGCAAAGAAGAUUUUCAGUUUCUCCAUUUUCAAGGUUACGGGUUAUCGAAUCUGGGCUUUUGGAAUCCCCGCUGCACUUUUUGGAUACUUUGUGCCUUAUGUUCACUUGAUGAAACAUGUAAAAGAGAGGCUUGGCGAAAAUGUACAAGAAGAGGUGCUUCUGCUGUGUCUUGGCAUCACUUCAGGAGUCGGACGAUUGAUCUUCGGCAGAGUUGCAGAUUAUAUUCCUGGUGCAAAAAAAGUUUAUUUACAGGUCAUCUCAUUCUUCUUAAUUGGCCUGAUGUCCAUGAUGAUUCCACUGUGCCAUGCCUUGGGAAGUCUCAUUGCUGUCUGCCUCUUUAUGGGUCUAUUCGAUGGCUGCUUCAUUUGUAUCAUGGCUCCUAUUGCCUUUGAGCUAGUCGGUGCACAGGAUGUCUCCCAGGCCAUAGGAUUCCUGUUAGGACUCAUGUCAGUACCUAUGAUAGUUGGUCCACCCAUUGCAGGUAUACUGCGUGACUACCUAGGUACCUAUGAUGUAGCAUUUUACCUGGCUGGAGUUCCCCCCAUUAUUGGAGGAAUUAUAUUAUCUUUCAUCCCAUGGGUUCACGAAAAGAAGAAGCCAAAAGAGAGAGAAAAAGCUGUUGAUGAAGAAACAACUAAGAAAAUGCUGGAAAAUGAAAGCACUUCAGUCUCAGGCACAUCAGAAAAGCCCAGUAAAGAAUCUGAAUCUGUUGUUUGAUGUUUUAUCUUUCCACUGGACUGAAUUCAUUUUUACAGGAGCUAGAUAAUAAUUCUGGCUUUGAGUUGAAAAUAUUAUAUUAUUUUUAAUGGAACGUGUGUUCAGAUUGCAGAAGAAAACUGCUAAGAGCUAAGAAUCUUUUGUACCACUGAGUAGCUUUCUUAGGAGUCCCUGAGUCUAGUUUCAAUCCAUAUUUUUAUGGCAUUUGAGGUUUUAUAGUAUCAGUGUGCACCUGCUCGUGAUUCUGUGUUUAGGGAGAUUAUUGUUCUAAUCUAUCACAGCAUGCUUCUGGAAGUGUGAAAUCUGUUUAGUUUGGUUCAUUGACCCUUCCAGGAUGGCUUCAAUAAUUUUAGUCCAUCAAGUAGAGGCAAAUUCUUGUGUUGUUUUCCUGGAAUUUCUAGUACCUCUUAUGACUGACUUUUGUUUUAAUUUCUUAUGCCAUUUUAACAAUUUUUAAAACUCUUUAUUAUGAUAAUGAAUAGUGAUCUUUUUUUGAUCCUCUAAACUCUAAUCCUUGCUGAAAUUAUUUUGCUUUGGGAGCUAAAUUAUUUAACAGAUCCUCAGCUUUACUUUCUCUUAAUACUCCAACCUGGUCCAUUUGCUUAAACCUACUCUGGACCACUUCUACGUUUAUUUCUCGGUAGCCUGAAUAUAGAACAUUUUAGGAUAAGUUUGUGAUAAUACAUAUAUUAAACACUCAAAAAGUGAAGGGUAUGAACUCACACAGGCAAAUAAAUUCAGAAUUAAGGCUGUUAAACCAUUAUUACAUCAUCCUUUGUGCCCCAGUGCUCCAGUGAAUCUAGUUCUUUUUCAGGUAAACUUCAGAAUAGCUCUUAGUCUUAAAACCAUACGAAGUGCAAUACUUGGGUACAAUACCAUGAGUUAGACAAAGCCAAAUUCUGAAUUUCUGUGUUUUUUUUCAGGAUUUGACUCUUCAAAAAACAACAAAAAGACAUCUUUAAGGGAUACAUUUUAAGUGUGCAAUAAGAAGCAAUUGUUCAUACCAAUAAAUGGAAAUAGCUCUCUAUACAUAAGAGCUAUUAAAGCAACAUUAAACACAUUGGGAAGUGAUUUUGCACUAAGUGAAUAUGCAGCUUUAUUAUAGGCCUUUAAAAUUUUGCACAUGUGAUACAACUCCAUCUUUUCAAGAAAUAGUAGAGAAUUUUUGCAUGCACAAUUACUUAUCCUUAACAUAUCUCUUAUUACUUGUGUUCUCCUUGGUAUUAUAUAUAGUUUAUCAAACCCAUACUUCUGAAAAACCUAUUCUUCUGAAAGUUACUUUUAAAAAAAUCUAAACAAAACAGAGUGCUUUUCAGUUUAUCAUGAUUACACUUGCAAAUAUAUUGCCUCUGUUUGGAUUUGCAUUGACAAUGCAGUGUAACACUGAAAUAGAUAUUCAUUACCCAGGCACACUCAUCGCCAUCUAUUUUAGUUUUCCUGUGUUAGGUGUGACUUAGCAAAGAAGCUGUUAAGUGUUAUCUGUUGAAAAUAUUACAAAAAAAUUCCAUUGAAAGUAAUUACAUAAGUAUCCUAACUAUUAAGAGCCAGAUUUUAUAACCCUUAUUCACAAUUGCAUAAUAUUAUUGAUUCAUUUCAGUUUCUACUCAACAUGAGCAAGGCUGUCAGAAUCUGGCAUUAAAAUGGGAAAUGGUAAAGUGAUAUUUAUACCCCUUGGCAGGGGUAGCCAACUUGUGGCUCCGGAACCACAUUCAGCUCUUCAGAAGUUAAUAUGCAGCUCCUUGUAUAGACACCGACUCUGGGGUUGGAGCUAUAGGCGCCAACUUUCCAAUAUGCCGGGGCGGGGGGUGCUCGCUGCUAAACCCCUGGCUCUGCCACAGGCCCUUCCCCCAAUCCACCCCUUCCUGUCCCCUCCCCUGAGCCUGCUGUGCCCUUGCUCCUGCCUCCCUACCCCCCAACCUCCUGCAUGCCACGGAACAGCUGAUCAGGAGGUGCUCGGGGAAAGAGGGGAAGGCGUUGAUCCUCGGGGCUGCCAGUGGGUGGGAGGCACUGGGAGCGGGGCAGGGGAGCUGAUGGGGGCUGCUGACGUAUUACUGUGGCUCUUUGGCAAUGUACAUUGGUAAAUUCUGGCUCAGAUUGGCCACCCCUUGGGAAAGAUUUUCAGAAAUGCCUAAGAAAUUUAAGACUCUUAAUGGGACUUGGGCUCCUAAAUCUCUCACGUACUUCUGAAAAUCUCCUUUCAUUGUAAGUAGUGUUGCUAGUUCAAAUUCCCACGAUUCUUUAAUUACAGAAAUUACAUUAGCAAUCACGUUAUUCUUGUUCUUAUGUUUCCUUCCAGGUAAUGUUGUUCAAUAUUGCGUAUUAUCAUUACAAUACACCCUGAUAAUGCAUAGAAACCUAUGUGUAAACCACUGUAUUUAUUUCAGUUGACUUUUGAAAUGAAAAAUUAAUAUUUAUCACAGUGCUGACAAUUUCAAAAACUUGUUUGCAAAAAGCUAAGAAUAACCAUCUAGCACAAAUUCUAUUUGAAAUGGUCAAGAAUUGAACAGAAGAUGGAGCCAUGGGAUCCUGCAGGGAUCUGUACUUGGUCCAAUGUUAUUCAAUAUCUUUAUAAAUUAUCUGGAAGAAAAUAUAAUACUAUUGCUGCAAAAGUUUUGCAGAUGACACAAAAGUGGGGUAAUGGUAAAUAAUGGUAAAGAGUGAUCCAGAUCACUCUGCAAAGUGGGCCCAUUUGAAAAACGUAUUUUAAUACAAGCAAACGCAAGGUCAUACAUCUAGGAACAAAGAACGUGUGUCACAAUUACAGGAUGAGUUUACAGCCGUUUGGAAAGAAAGGACUUGAGAGUUAUGAUGAACUGAAUGUGAAAUGUGGUGACUAAGAGCUAAAAUCGUCUUGGAAUGUAUAAAUGGGAAUAUUGAGUAAAAAUAGGGAGGUGGCAUUAGUUAUGUGGAUAGCAUUAGAUUGAUCAUUGUGGGAAUACUGUAUCCAAUUCUGGUGUUCACAUUUUAAAAAGAAAGUUAAAAAAUGGGAAAAGCUACUUAGAUAGCCAUGGAAUCAAUUUCUUUUGAAAGCUUAUCCAAUCUCUGGCAAGAUAAACAAUAGCAAUCUUCUCCCUUUCACAUGUAUUCACUGUUGCACAUGAUCUGGGCAUACAGAUUUUGAAAUUCCCAACAGAGAUUCUGGAUAUCAGACGGCCAAUGCACUCAGUACUUGAAUGUUGUAGCUUUGGCUUACAGAAAUCGGUUUGCUCAUUAGGCACUCAGAUACUACAAUGAUAGGCAUGGUAUAAGAAUCUAACUGUAAUAGAUUUAUGGCUUUGGUUCCAGAAUCAAACACAGGAUGUAUGCAAUGGAGCGUAGAAGAACCAUUUUCAAAAGCAAAUUUUUGUCUGAACACCCAGUAGUUGAGGAAAUUUAAUUUAGGUCCUUAUUUUUUAAUAAUGACAUAAGUAUAGCACCUUUAUAAUUCCACAUAAUGUUUUUAUUAGUGUAAACUUGGCUGACAUUUUCAAUAUGCCUUUUAUUCUUAUAUAUGAAAGGUGUCAAACAUUUUUAAGAAUUUCAGAAUUGUGUAUAGUAAUCUUAGACUGGCUAUAUUUUAUAUUACUGUGCGUGCUAAUAUUGAAGACACUGACAAGUGGUUGACUGUAUUUGUAAACACUGUAUUUUGUGUAUUAUUUUGACACCAGUUAACAUUCAUAUUGCUAGCAUUAAUUCCAUGCUUUCUAAAUCUGAUUCAUUAGAAACAUAAGGAUUGAAUGUUUCCUGUUGUUCAUGGUGCUAAAAUAAUUGUAAUCAAAAUCUCAAUUACUCAGAAUAAAGUAGUGUAACUGUA